GAACGAGCCUACUCUGCACCUCUCUCUCUUCGUGGCUUGGUCACUAUAUCACUUUUACUGGGACUCCAUCAGGACUCGUUCACCAUUUCACUCCACUCAGCCCACCUUCAACUCAUCCGCUCGGAGUGAUUACAACGCGUCUUUGAAGCUCAAACUUCAAUGCCAGCAAUAUGGAUCGUAAUGCUCCGUCAGACGUGGAAAUCCUGGAUAUGGCGCGAGAUGUCCUGUUGUUUUUGACACCUUUGGAUCCUCCUGUUGCCGUUGCAGGACAAUCUCGCGACAACAUUGUAUUGCAGUUUUCGAGCUCAGAGGACGAUAACAGUGAUGAGGACGAAUUCUUGCGUCUAAUGUCUGGCAUCACCCGAAAGGACAAUGGGAAAGGGAGUGCCCGCGACAUUAUCCACCACGAUUCUACAGUGAAGAGCGAACCACUCCAUAUUAUGGACAAAUAUAAACCGGACCGCAAUAUGUUUGAGCAUAAAUCGAACAACGUAACCAUUAAACGUGAAUCAGAUCUAGUUUCGGUGAAGCGAGAGAUCCACCGCCCUUUGAUUGAGCGCGAAACGAACAACGUCAGGAUUGAGCAGGAACCAGCCCUAGUGGCGGUGAAGCAGGAAACCCACCACCGUUUAGUUGAACAUGAAGCAAACAGCGUCAGGAUUGAACAGACGUCAGACCUGAUGGUGGUGAAGCAAGAAACCUACCGUCCUUUGAUUGAGUACGAAAUGAACAACGUCAGGAUUGAGCAGGAACCAAACCUAGUGGUAGUGAAGCAGGAAACCCGCCGUCAUUUAGUUGAACAUGAAACAAACAGCGUCAGGAUUGAGCAAGCGCCAGACCUGGCAACGGUGAAACGCGGGACACACAGCAUUAUGACCACGCAUGUACCAUCCCUUCAACCUUGCAGGAACCCGCUCGCGAUCGGUGACGAGGAUUAUCACAGGGAGGCUCGGACGUUCGGAAUUACGAGAAUACCAGACACAAUAGUACAGACAGUCGAGCCCGGUCCUUCGACUUUGCCUACGAACCUGGAGACUUCAUUCGAGGGGAAUGAAGACGAAGAAUCUGUUGUUAUCGAUCUCCACUCCACACCUACACGGAAAAGCAGGAGGGAUGCAGACAAAUUCCAACUCGUAUCGCCCAUUCACAACGACGCUUUUCAGGACUGGGAUUUUGAGCUCAUAUCUUUGCCAGCGCAAGGUCACAGAUCUCCGACAGUCAUUCUUUCAUCUCCUGGGGCACCAUUUACGAACCAUGGGGUCUCAUCUCCUUCCAUGCCAAGUUGUCUUCGUUCCUAUACCAACAAUCCUUUCGAUGCAAAGGCACCAUCGCCUACAGACGAUCUGUACAGGAGAUAUUCGCCAGAUUUUGACGAGCGCGAGGCAUCACCAACACCAUGGCCAUCAAAAAAAGUUCUCCCUCCACCUUCAUCCCCACCAACGACGCUCUCGCAUCGAUCUCGCAAGGGCUCACCCAUGGCAAGAGACUUGCUACCUAGGUCGACCAGAAAAGAAGACGAAGGAUCUACUUUAUGGAACCCCGAUGAGGGAUGGCGUGCUGGCACAAUGACAACUAGCGCGUUUAGUAUGGAGGCAUUUGAGGAUGACCGUUGGGACCAUCUGGUUGAUACGAGCUUGAGUCCGCCGAGAAUGGCCCAGGAAGAACUGAACGACAGCGACGGCGAACUCAUGAGUGAUGUGUUUUCUGCGAGUUGGAAGGCAAAAGGACAAAAGCAGACAGGAUUAUCGAGAACCAGUUCAACCAAGGACUUGGGAUCUCUUCCUUCAGCCAUCUCAAGUCGGAAAGGAAAGAAUAGAGCUACGUCUGCAUCCACGGACCUGCUGGAUUGGAACGACGAUUUGGGUUCAACAUGGUCAUCUACAGCGGGAGAUCGAGGCAUGGGAGAGUCGCUUUCAUUGGAAGAGGAGAUAGUCGGACGAGCAAAGCAGAGGCAGAAGAGGGCAAGGCCACCGAGCGAUGUUGAUGACGAUGGUCUGGACAAAGAUGGGGCUGCCUCAGAGAUCCAACGCAAAAAGGCAGAAAAGGAGAAGCAGAAACAGGCCAAGGAGGCUGAAAGGCAGGCCAAGGAGGCUGAAAGGCAGGCCAAGGAGGCUGAAAGACAGGCUAAGGAGGCUGAGAAACAGGCCAAGAAAGCUGCCCGCGAACAGGAGCAGCAAAAGAAGCGAGAACAAAAGGAACAGGAACGUUUGCUGAAAGAGGAGGAGAGGCAGGCUGAGAAGAAGGCUCUGCGCGAGUUGCGGAUUGCGAACAGGCUUACCACAAAAUCGGAAGGCGCUAAAGAGAUGAUUGUGUGCAUCGAGGAGUCAUUCUACAAUUCAGACUUUGGUCUCACGGUGCAGGCCUAUCUCGCUGCGAUUGAAUGUAAGGUCAACGUUCUCGCAGUAGCUGGGGCGGAGGUCUCGCGCAGUAAUCGCAGCCAGGUCAUCGAUGCGUCCAUUACAUGCGACCCAUGUCCCAUUCCAAAUAUCGCGUUCUGGUACCGCAUAGUCAACCAUCGAUACGACGAAGAUCAGGGCCACUUCAUACCUGUUGCGGAGCAGGAAGUCGAGCUGGAAGCGUUUACGCUCAUCUACAUGACCGCAAGUCAUUUUACAGAGCUGAUGGACGAAGGACGUCUUAGAGGUCACCUUGCCAUUAUCAAGCGGGACUUAAGGAUGAGAAAGAACAAGGAGCGACUAAAGAUGGCUGGCAAGCUGCACCACCAGACGAUGCAGCUCAGAGAGGACCAUGGGCAGCAACAGCGUAUUAUCUUUCUGGUCGUGGGAAUGGAGAGCUUUUUCCGCAGCCGAAGGACAGCAACAAAUAGGCAGUUUAAACAGGCGGUUCGUGCUAUCGGCUCUGAAUCUGGCCGGAAUUCGGCACCGUCUAGAAAUGCAACAGAAAUUGAACACGAGCGCAAUGAACGGGAACGCAUUGAGCAAGAGAUGCUAUGGCUUCAACUUGAUCAGCAUUGCCUCGUUAUUCACACCGACGACGACGAAGAAGCGGCUAAUACAAUUGCCAGUCUAACUGAGCAAAUCGGACUACGACCAUACAGCAAUGCACGCAAGACAGGAUUGAAUGUCUGCGUCGAGGGCAUCAGGUCUGGCGCAGACCCGAAGGACACCUGGAUCAAAAGUCUGCAAGAGAUCCACAUGAUUACGAACAUCAUUGCAAAGUCAAUCGCAGAGGAAUACCCGUCCCUCAAGAGCCUCUAUGAGGGAUAUCGACAGUGCACAACCCCUUAUCAGGCCCAGCUGAUGCUGGAGGGAAUCCCGGUUAUUGGCAGACGAUCUACCCUGGGCAAAGUCAUUUCGAGGAGAGUGUACGACGUAUUUAUGAGCACGGAUCCGGAAAAGCCUGUUUCUUGACUCCAGGCGCGAGUAGAGCUUGGAUAGCGCUUCAGGACUUUUAGCUACUUUUCAAUAAAGUCAUUAACAACUGAAGCAACUGCGGUAACUGAAGCAAUUGGAGCGAUACCACCUCCGAGCUUCGA